AUGGACGGAAAGGAAACGAACAGAAAUUCAUCACAACUCGAUUCAUCCACUGCCCUCUCGGACUUGGGAAGCGAAAAAAUAAGGAGAAACUCAUCACUAGUAUGUGUCCCCAUAAUGGCUGAUUCACCUCAUUUGAUGAUUGCUGAUACACACAGGGCAAACAUUAGUGGUGCUGAUCUUUAUAAUAGUUCAUGUAGCUCUAGGCUUUUAAUUGUUGAACUCAGAAAUUUAGUUCUCGAUUUCUCUAAACUUUCACUUGGUGGUGCUUUUCGAAUCAAAAUCUCGGAGGCAUCUGUGAAAUAUGAAGUUCCACUGAUAAAAUCUGUUUCCUCUUUGGACAAUAUGGAUGGUAGUAAAGGACUUAUCCAUAAUUCAAAAUUGAAACUUUCGAGCAAUGUAUACUCCUUGCACAAGAUUCGAAUGGAUUCUCCUUCUGGCAUCAAAGACUCAAUUCCUGCUUGGAUCAAGUUUUCUGUACAGGCUCCAGGUGAAAUACCGGAGAUCAUGGGUGNUGGUGAUGAAAAUCAACGGCUUGAGGUACUUCGAUUAGCCAUGGAGCUGGGGGCUGAUUACGUGGAUGUGGAACUCCAGGUCGCUCGUAAGUUCAACGACUCCAUUCGUGGAAAGAAGCCAGAAAAGUUGAAAGUUAUCGUUUCCUCUCACAAUUAUCAAGAAACUCCAUCUUUAGAUGAUCUUAGUAAGCUUGUUGCAAGAAUUCAAGAAAGUGGAGCUGAUAUUGUGAAGAUUGCAACGACUGCCUUGGAUAUCACCGACGUGUCACGCAUUAUUCACAUAAUUGUGCAUUCACAAGUUCCAGUAAUAGGGCUUGUAAUGGGAGAAAGAGGCUUGAUUUCACGGAUACUCUGUGCUAAAUAUGGUGGGUAUCUUACCUUUGCUACCCUCAAGGCCGGAAUUGUUUCUGCUCCUGGACAACCCACAAUUGAAGACCUUUUAAAUUUAUACAAUUUCAGACAGAUAGGUCCUGAUACAAAAAUUUUUGGAAUCAUUGGAAAGCCAGUGGCCCACAGCAAAUCACCCAUGUUAUUCAACGAGACAUUCAAGUCGAUAGGUUUCAAUGGUGUUUAUGUACAUUUUUUGGUGGAUGACAUAGUAAACUUUCUCCAGACUUACUCGUCUUUCGACUUCGCUGGAUUCAGCUGUACAAUUCCACAUAAAGAGGCUGCAGCAAAGUUCUGUGAUUGGGUUGAUCCAGUGGCUAAGUCAAUUGGUGCUGUUAAUUGCAUUGUAAGAAGAGACGAUGGAAAAUUCGAAGGUUAUAACACGGAUUAUGUCGGUGCUAUUUCUGCUAUUGAAGAUAAACUACGAGAUCCCCACAGUAGUAGCCCUCAAUCUGGCUCACCCUUGUCUGGCAAGCUAUUUGUUGUGAUUGGUGCUGGUGGAGCAGGCAAGGCGCUUGCGUACGGUGCGAAAGAGAAAGGAGCUAAAGUUGUGAUUGCCAAUCGUACAUAUGAACGAGCAAAAGAACUUGCGGUAAGCAUCGGAGUCGAUGCAGUUACUCUUGCUGAUUUGGAUAAUUUCCAUCCAGAGACGAAUAUGAUUCUCGCGAACACAACGUCUGUAGGAAUGCAACCAAAAGUCGAUGAAACGCCGAUUCCUAAGCAUGCUCUGAAAAAUUACUCACUGGUGUUUGAUGCUGUUUACACGCCGGUGAUGACGAGACUGUUGAAGGAAGCUGAAGAAUCCGGGGCGAAGAUCGUUACUGGUGUGGAGAUGUUUGUUGGACAGGCAUAUGAACAAUACGAGAGGUUUACUGGGUUGCCAGCACCCAAGGAGCUGUUCAGGAAGAUUCUGAAAAUCUAGUCCAAAAUUUAGUAUUGUUGCUGAGCUUCUUUUCUUAGUGUUGUUAAUGAAAACUUAGUUGAAUGAGGGAGGACGUUAUUUUAUUUGUUUGAAGGAGCUAACAUGAAUGCAUUUUUAUGCUCCCACGGCUUUGCAUUUGCACUAAUAAUUGAUUAUGUUGUCAUUCUAAGGAAUUAUAACUUCAUUUGCUUCUAAUAAACUUUUGUUUGGAAUGAUGAUUA